AUGGAUGUGAGUGCCAGGCAGGGAGGCAGCACCAGGAGGAGAGCAGCAGAAGAUGGUGAACCAGUAGGUGUAGGAGGAGGCGUGGAAGUUCUGGUGGUACCGCAGGACCUGUACGACUCUGCCAGGGCCAAAAUAGAAGCAAAUCUCCGAUGGCUGCUUGCCAAAGCUUAUGGCAUUGACCACAUCCCAGAGGACCUGAAGGACCCCUUCUACACCGACCAGUAUGAGCAGGAGCACAUCAAGCCCCCUGUCAUUCACAUGCUGCUAUCCGGAGAGAUCUACUGCCGGGUGUGCGGACUCAUCCUGCGCGCAGAGCAAGCCGUCUCGCUUCGAAGCCAUCAGUCCGUCCUCCAGGCCCUCUCGGCCAGGGGCAUCCAAGUGCGGGACUCGGAUGAUGUGCACGUCUCCACUUUGGAUCUCAACUCGAGCCCUGUCAAGAUGAGUUGCCACAUGCACCUGAUCGAUGCCCUCAUGAUGGCCCACACGAUGGAGAUGAUCAGUGUGGAGAAGGUGGUAUCCAGUGUCAAGCGCUUCUCCAACUUCAGUGCCUCCAAGGAGCGUCCCAUGGACCUGGAAGAUGCCAUGGUUCUUUGGAUUAACAAGGUGAACACAAAAAUGAGCGCUAUUGUCGAAAAAGAGAUGAAGAUGAAGCAGCACCUGCUGGACUCACCAAACCAUCAGAAGGUACGCUAUCGCAGGGAUCACCUCUCGGGUCGAACACUUCAGCACUUCUCCGUGGUGGACGACCUGUGCCGAGACGUUUGCGACGGCGCCGCUCUUCUGGCCCUCAUCCACUUCUAUUGCCCUGAACUCAUUAGACUUGAAGAUAUCUGCCUGAAAGAUGUGGCCUCCAUCGCCGACAGCAUGUACAACAUCCAUCUGCUGAAGGAGUUUUCCAAUGAAUACUUGAACAAGUGCUUCUACUUGAAGGCAGAGGACGUGCUGUAUUGUCAUCCAAUGCUAAGGAGCAAUGUGAUGGUGUUCAUCGCCGAGCUCUUCUGGUGGUUUGAGAUUGUGAAGCCCGAUUUUGUUCACCCCAGAGACCUUAAGGAAAUCACAGAUGCACGAAUGCUUCUGCAGCCCAAGACCUCUCGAUCCUACACGGCCAUGGAUGCUACCAAGCGUACUUUCCUCACCACGUCAAACGCCGCUGCAAUGUUGCCUUCCAGCCCGGACUUCGGCAUUGUACCAAGCACUUCCAGCUCUCUUCACUCUUUAGUGCCUCCAAGACAGAGACGACAGAGGGGAGUUGAGGGCGAUGUUGCAGUGAGGAAUCCGUGUAGCUCUCUGGCACGUAAAGAUGAGAAGCCUCAAGGUUUGUCACAGGUCUGGCCAGAGAGGAGGCAGAGGCCUUUUUCUCAGCCGCCACCCUACGCCUUGCAUUUCCCCAACCAGCCGGACGACGCAGUCAAUUUCAGUCCGGUUCGCUCCCUCAGCAAAGACAGCUCCGGCGUUAUGACACCCAGCCACAUGCUCGUGGGUCCGGGCCGCCCGCUCCAUCAACACAGACUGAGCGGGCAAAGCCUCCUCAGCCACGUUCGCAUUGAGGAUGAGGAGGAGAUCUUAGAGGAGGAAGAACUGGUGGCUGUAAUUCACCCCGCUGCUUUCCCCCGACGUCAGCGCAAAGGCGACAUGGAGCUGGAUGAACUGGAAGUCCCGCACACAUCCCGAAGGCUUUCCAACAAGGAUGUCUUAACUCCAGACUUGCAGGUGGACAGCUACUACCUUGAGCCUCUGAUGCCCACCAUCCCAAAGCCAGCGAAAGAGAAGAGCAUCAGCCUGAACAAGGAGGAGGAGAGCGGGGAGAGUCACUGCAGGUCAGGGCUGUUUGGUGUGAAGACAGAUGUUCCACACAAACCACACCGGAGGUCACCAUUGUCUGAAUGUGGUCAGUUGAUAUUUAAGCCCAUACCUGCUGUUAAAUCCAUUCACGCCCGGGAAGGUUCUUCACUUUCUGAGAAGACACAACCGCAAGGUUUCUUCCUUCACUUGUCUGGGGAGAGCGACUGUCAAAGUCAUCUUUCCUCCGACGCUGAAGCCGGUCAAGACUCUGACUCGGACAUUGCAGAUUUCGAGGACGACGACGAGGACUUGGACCUGCUCGAGCCGAGCGACGUGAAAGGGAUUUGUUUAUUGCGAGAAUUCUCCGAGGUCGAGUCUUUUAAGCUGAGAGAAGACCUGAAGGUGAGCGAGCGAGACGACAAGGAAGACUGGAGUGGACGUUCCAGUCCUUGCCUCAGCACGGCGUCCUGCGCGAGCAGCUGCAGCGCUUCGGGCGGCGCCGGUGUCAGGAUGACCAGCUUUGCCGAAAGAAAGCUGCUUAAGCUCAGCCUCCGUGACGGAUUCUCCAGCACGAGCAGUUCGCAGGUGACGACGCCCGAUCACUCCGAGGUUAACCCUUGCCCUCCGUGGCAACUCAAAACCGAAGGAAGCCCCACGUCCGCUGUGAAGAAGAUGGCGCUUUCUCCAGUUGUGCCUUCAGAGUUGCUGCAGCUCCACAUGCAGCUGGAAGAGCAAAGGCGCGCCAUCGAGUGCCAGAAGAAGAAGAUGGAGACCUUGUCGGCGCGGCAACGACUGAAACUCGGCAAAGCUGCCUUCCUGAACGUCGUGAAGAAGGGAGAAGGGAGGAGCGACACGCUCCCUCUUCCUCUCAGACAUUCGCCUUCCGCCGAUCUGUCCGCUGCUCAGAAAUCAAAGAGUCAAUUCUGCAAGGAUGACUCCUGUCUUGACGUUUUGAAGGUGGAGUCACAAGCGGAAGGAAGACUAAAUGGAGAUAACCGGCGAAACACCUCGGCUCAGGAUCGCGCCUCAGGGUCGGACGUGAGUCAGCGCUCCCGCUCCAUCGACCUCCUCAACGAAGCCAUCAGCACUAUCCAGCAGCAGAUGACGCAGCUGUCGUUGCAGCAAGACUUGCUGAUGAAGAAGAAUGAAGCUUCAUCGAUGGACUCGAAAGAGCCAGAACUGAAACCAACUCUAAGCCCAACACAAUCCCCCACCUCGGACCCCAGAUCUUUCGCCGUCCACUUUGUCGACUUCAUUGACAGCACCCCCACCCGCCGUCCUCCCAAGCUGAGCUCCAGCCAGCGAAGCAAAACCUCCGAGUCGAAGCACAAGAAUGACACGGUGCCUGGCGCUGCAGGUGAAACCUCCCCCAAGGAAAAAAAUGGUACAGGAAGCCAGGAUGCUGAAAGUUCCAGGUUGGAUAGAAACUUCAGAAGACGCACUACCUUCAGAAUCCAAAACGAGCAAGGUGGUGCCAGGGAGGAACCCGGAGUAUCUCCUGUCAAAGUUCAAUCAGAGAACACAACGACCUCAGAUACCUCCAUCGCUCCAUCACGCUGCACAGAAGAUGACAAAGUCGACAUCUCAGGGACAGAAUCAGCGGGCGGAGACGAGAGCACCAAGGGAAAAGGUCUACUCAUCCAGGUUGACCUUUCAGACCUGAAAGACUCCGAGGAGGGUGCGAGCGCCAACACCACAGGCGAGGAACAGAAGAACAUGCUCGGCUUCUUUUUUAAGGAUGAAGAGAAGCCCGAGGAUGAGAUGGCUAAACGUCGCGCCGCCUUCAUGCUCAAACAGCAGCGCAAAGCCGAGGAGGCCAGGCUACGCAAGCAGCAGCAGGAAGCGGACAGCGAGCUCAAGCGUGACGAGGCCAGGUACGCUUCGGCAUUCUGAGUCCAGUACCCAAAACGUUCACCUAUGAUGUCUUGCAGGCGUAAAGCCGAGGAGGACCGGGUUCGGAAAGAGGAGGAGAAGGCCCGACGAGAGCUGAUAAAGCAGGAGUACCUGCGCCGGAAGCAGCAGGCCUUGUUGGAAGAACAGGGUCAGGUUAAGCCGAAGCCAAGGUUCAAGUCCAGCAGGAAUAGACCCAAAUCCCUCCACCGCGGCGAGUUGAGCAGUCCCUGUAAAGGAUCCACCACACCCGAUCUGAGCUUUCGAGGAUCCACAUUGUCUUUGGCCACCGAGGGGGACAGUGUCAUCUCCGGAGAGAUGGAGUCGCAGAGGGCUGAGUCGGUCUGCUCCAUGGAUUCUUUCGCUGUGCUUAGCAGAGCCUCCAGCAGGAACAUGGAGCGCGACUGGGAGAGCGGCUCCGUCGCGUCCUCCAUCACGUCAUUCGAGUACAACGGGCCCAAGCUUUUUAAAGAGCCCAGCUCCAAGUCCAACAAGCCCAUCAUCAUCAACGCCAUCGCACACUGCUGCCUAGCUGGGAAGGUGAACGAGACCCAGAAGAACGUCCUUCUGGAGGAGCUCGAAAAGUGCGAGUCCAAUCACCUGAUCAUCCUCUUCCGCGACGGCGGCUGCCAGUUCCGCGGCGUGUACUCGUACUCGCCGGAGACGGAGGAAAUCGUCAAAUUCACGGGCACAGGGCCGCGCGCCAUCAGCCACAAGAUGAUCGACCGGCUCUACAAGUACAGCUCGGACCGCAAGCAGUUCAACAUCAUCCCGGCCAAGUCGGUGUCGGUCAGCGUGGACGCGCUGACCAUCCACAACCACCUGUGGCAAGCUAAGAGGCCCGGCAGCGCGCGCAGGAAGUGACACGCGGAGGCUCAGUACUUCUGUUUACGACCGAUGGGCCGGACCCAAAUAGUCGUGUUCAAACUAAACGUUCAAAAAUUGAUAUCAAAUGAAAAAGCUCGAAAGUUACAGCGCUUUGAAAAGCUUUGCAGUCAAUGAGUCUGUCCUUUCAACGCUGGCGACGUUAGCGCAGCGUUUCCCCAGCCACUAAUACGCCAAAGCGCUUAUUUUACACGAAAAAAAGCUCACAGCCCCCUAAACUCACUAAACCUGCAAGAAUUGAAGGACAAACAAAAAAAUAUGGGAGCUUUUUGACAUUUUGAAUUUUUCUGCCUUUAUGGCGCUGCAGUAUUUGUAGUCAAUGAAUAAUUAAAACCUGGUCAUCCGGCAAAGUGGUUGGGAAGCACUAUGCCUCAGAAUGCAAAACACUCAAAGCCACCUAAAUGCACUAUUUUAUCAUUUUAUUCCUGUCACACUUUGUUUUAGGAACGUUCUGCGUCCUUUUUGGCACAUAGCUGAAGGACUGAUUGUUACGGUGUGACAAAGUUGGACCUUAUUGAGACGUGACGUUCUCUCCUGGUGAUGAGAAAAGGUUUUGUUUGUAUUGGGAAGUUUAGAGGUUCCUGGUUUGUUCCUUCCAGACUUUGAGAGUGCUUUGAUUAGGUUUUUAAUGGGCGGGAUGGUUAAACCCAACUCGGAAUAUUUGAAUUUACGUUUGUUUUAAGCGGGGAAAACUACAAAAUUGCAAAAAUGCGUGAAUGUGAAUGAAAAACAAUGGCAACAAAUGUCUGUUCUAUGUAUUAUUUGUUUUGCUGUGAUUUCUUUUAUAUUAAAUUUAGGAGGGAAAUUCUUGACAGGCUCACAAGCUUUUUUGUGAUCUCUCGCUGAAGAGCAAACAGUAUUUAAAUGUAGCUUCAAAUGCUCAACAAGUUCCCUGCCGUUCCCUUUCAUUGGAACUUAAUGGCGAACAAGACCGCACAAUACUUGAUAUUUUUUUUGCUGCAUUUUGUAUAUUUU